AUGGUGCCCACAAUGGUCGACGCGCCGCUGAUCCAGCUGCUCUUCCGCAGCUAUCAGCCUUACAAGCAGUUCCUCGUUUCGCAGCCCCCCUUCUCUGGUUUCUUGGAGGCCUCUGACAAGGCGCUGGCCGCGGUGUUGGACUUCUACAAUCCUACCCUUCCAGCGUCCCAGCGGAUACCCGCAUCGUGGCCGCUGAUGGAGGGGUCGGAUUUGGUCAUUGUCACCCUCUCGUAUCUCGCAUUCGUUGCUGUCGCCGCUGCCUUCCGGUUCUUUACUUCCAGCAAACAGCAGACAACGAAGUCUGCCAGCUGCGAGGUUCCUCAGCCGGUGAAGGCAGGGAGAACGGCGACUUCGCGGCCCUCUUUGGCGGAAAAAAUGAGUUUCAUGCUGCUCCUUCAAAUCCUGUACAACAUAUUCCAGGUCAUCACGUGCUCGUACAUCGUGUGCAGAGCCAUGAGUGUGUACAUCGUCGAGGGCUACACGCUUGCAUUCAACAAGUUCGACCCGACAAGGGUGAACAUGGCGGAGGUGGUCUGGCUGUUUUACUUGACCAAAAUUGUAGAUUUGAUGGAUACCGUCUUCAUUGUGUGCCGAGGGAAAUGGGCCCAGUUCUCGUUCCUGCACAUCUACCAUCACGCAUCGAUUUUGUACAUGAUGUGGAUCAACGCGAGCGUCGGUUACGAUGGCGACAUUUACUUCGCUGUCUUUGCGAACGGUUCGAUUCACGUGAUGAUGUACACGUACUACUUGAUGGCUUCGCUGAAUAUCGGCGUCGCGCGCUACAUCAAGCAGUUUAUUACACGCAUGCAGAUGACUCAGUUUUUAGGGAUGCUUGGUCAGGGAUUUUACCACAUGUGCUUCUACAAAUCGUGUGAGUAUCCUCUUCGAAUUGCGGUGGGAUACAUGAUCUAUAUCGUUUCAAUGUAUGUCUUGUUUGACCGCUUCGCGAAGCGCACGUAUGGCAACAAGAAGGGCAAAGAAAACAUGUCGCGCGUUCAGGCCCAAGCGGCGCGUGGCUCGCCUCGCCCCUAG